AUGCCCCUCCAAUGCCGAUCUGCCGGUUUCUCUCGCCACUGGCUGUGUCUUGCUGUACUCUGGAGCAGCGGGAAGACUAGUCCGAGCUACUACCUGUCCGUCCGUCUUCGAACCUCCAAAACUUCUUCGGCGCAUUCAUUUGAUACUCUUGCAAGAUCUUCGCAACAUUCUCAGCCCAUUUUUGAAAUGCUUGAUCCUUUCGGAAUUGUCGGUGUUGUCGUCGUGGCCGGCCAGAUCAUCUCGACCGUCGCCAAUUUCGGGCUGGACUGGAAACACGCCCCAGCUGACACAAGGUCCCUCCUGGUCGCGGUCGGGGCUCUGAAAACAGUUCUUUCCGAAACAAAUAUGAAUAUUCUUCUCAACGAUGACUUUAAGGAUGCCUUCCACGGUCGGCAUUCCACGCUCCUUUCGCAGCUUGGAGAUACUGUGCCAGUCACAGACACCAGUAUGCUGGUAUUAGCAUGCAAGAAAGAGCUAGAGAUCCUCCUCGAGGACUUGCAGAAGCGAGUCCAGGGUCAUCGGAUUGGCUGGAAAAGGAUGAAAGGAGCAUUCCUGGCGAAGACGACUAAAGAAGCGGUCCAAAGCCUUCAUCGACAAUGUCAAACCUUGAACACAUUGAUGGAUAUGGAUACCCUUGUCGUUGGUGUAAGCAUCCAUAAAGAAGUCAGAGAGGCAAGAAGAGAACAGCAGGGUUGGCAUGCAGACAAGGAGUGCAAGGCCAUCAUUGGUUGGCUCACUGUGAUUGAUUAUGGCCCUAAGCAGAGCGAUUUCAUUGCCAGGAGGCAAGAAGGCACUGGACAGUGGCUUCUGAGCUCGUUGGAAUAUAGGGAAUGGAGCGAAACUGCGGGGCAAACCCUGUUCUGUCCGGGAAUCCCCGGAGCAGGGAAGACGAUUAUCACAUCGAUCGUGGUUGACGACCUUUGCACACGAUACACGAGCAAUGAGCAUGUUGGCAUUGCAUAUAUUUAUUGCGACUUCCAGCGGCAACAGGAGCAAAAGGUUGAAGAACUCCUCAUGAGUCUACUAAAGCAGCUGACGCAAGGCCGGUCAUCAUUGCCGGAGUGCGUGAAGUUUCUCCACGAUGAACACCGGCGUAAGCGGACGCGGCCGUCAUUUGAUGAAGUCUCGAGAACCCUCCGUCAUGUUGCAGAUUCUUACUCGAGAACUUUCAUCAUCGUUGAUGCACUUGACGAAUGCCAACGAAACGACGGCUGUCGCGCGAGAUUCUUAACCGAGCUUUUCAAUCUCCAGGCCGAAUGCGGAGCAAACAUUUUCGCAACUUCCAGGUGUAUCCCAGAAAUUACUGACAGAUUCAGUGCCAGCACAAUAUUGGAAAUUCGUGCCAAUGACGAGGAUGUGCGCAGGUAUCUAGACGGCCGAAUACUGCAAUCCGGACGGACAUUGCUAGAAAAAUGCCGUGAGGAGAUUAGGAAUGAGAUCACGGAGGUUUCUGAUGGAAUGAAUGUAAGCGUUUCAGUACUCUCCUAA